AGCUUGACUAUCAGUUUAACCGCACAUGCCCUUAGUGCGUCGAACCACUGACACACGACCCUUUGAGCCGUGUAAGUGGAUGCUAAUUAACCGUGUCCUUGCACUUGCAGAUGGAACAUGGGUCGUAUAUGAUGAUGCGUAGGUUUCGGAGAGCUUACGGGUAGGGUAUAUACAUGAGCUCGCACCCUGCGAUAUCUUGCAGCAGUGAAAGUUCCCUCUCCCACCCCAUUGUCGAUUCGCAUCAAGCCGGGAUACCACUCUCAAAGAGAAGGCUUGCUGUUCAAGAUGGCACCUGUCGGAGGCUCAGGCCAUGACUUUGAGGCAGCCGCAUUGGCUCGCCGCCAGGCGUUGCAAACACCCCCAGGCCCCAUGGCCUUACUCAAGAACCUCAAAGUCUUCGGCAUUGCAUGUUUUGCUUGCUUGGGUGGUCUGUUGUACGGUUACAACCAGGGUGUUUUCUCCGGUGUUCUCGUCAUGCACUCGUUCAAACAACACAUGGGAGACUACAUCGAAGACCCUGUGGCUCUUACAUACAACACGUCAAAGCAAGGCUGGCUUGUCUCUAUCCUCGAAUUGGGCGCUUGGUUUGGCACUAUGUAUUCCGGUUUCCUCGCGGAGAUCUUGUCCCGAAAGUACGCCAUCUUGGUCAAUGUGACCAUCUUCAUCAUCGGUGUCGUUAUCCAAACCACUUCCGUUGUCGGCGGUCACGACUCCAUCCUCGCUGGUCGAUUCAUCACUGGUAUGGGUGUCGGAUCUCUGUCCAUGAUUGUUCCCAUGUACAACGCUGAGAUUGCUCCUCCAGAAGUUCGUGGUGCCCUCGUUGGUCUCCAGCAGCUUUCCAUCACGCUCGGCAUCAUGGUCUCCUUCUGGAUCGACUACGGCACGAACUUCAUCGGCGGAACCGGUGCUGGGCAGAAAGAAGGCGCGUGGCUUCUUCCUCUCUGCCUGCAACUGGUUCCUGCGGUCCUCCUCGGCGCCGGCAUGCUCUUCAUGCCCUUCUCGCCUCGUUGGCUCGUUCAUCACAACCGCGAAGCUGAGGCUCGACGCGUUCUUGCCCACCUGCGAGACCUGCCUGAAGACAACGACCUCAUCGAACUGGAGUACGCAGAAAUUAAGGCGCAGAGCUUGUUCGAGAAAAGGACGCUCCAGGAGAACUGGCCGCAUCUACAGAAUUUGACCGCUAUGAACACCGCCAAGUUGCAAUUUGUGGCUAUCGGCAGCUUGUUCAAGAGCAAGCCCAUGUUCAAGCGAGUCAUCGUGGCGACGCUUACUAUGUUCUUCCAACAAUGGACUGGUAUCAACGCUGUGCUCUACUACGCCCCCGUAAUCUUCGGCAAGCUCGGUCUUUCCAACAACUCCGUUUCGCUUCUUGCAACCGGUGUUGUGGGAAUCGUCAUGUUCAUCGCGACCAUCCCCGCCGUCAUGUACGUUGACCGCUGGGGUCGAAAGCCUACCCUCAUCAUCGGCGCCCUCGGCAUGGCCAUCUGCCAUUUCAUCAUUGCCGCCAUCACCGCCUCUUACCAGAAAGACUGGGAACACCAUCAAGGCGCAGGAUGGGCCGCCGUCGCCAUGGUCUGGCUAUUCGUCGUCCACUUCGGAUACUCUUGGGGCCCUUGCGCCUGGAUCGUCGUCGCCGAGAUCUGGCCCAUGUCCAACCGCCCAUACGGUAUUGCACUGGGUGCGAGCUCCAAUUGGAUGAACAACUUCAUCGUCGGUCAAGUCACCCCCGACAUGCUCAACACUAUGACCUACGGCACCUACAUCUUCUUCGGGAUGCUGACCUUCCUCGGCGCGCUCUUCAUCUACUUCAUCGUGCCUGAGACCAAGGGACUUACCCUCGAGGAGAUGGACAUUCUCUUCGGCUCGGUCGGUGUGGCCGCGAAGGACAAGGAGCGGUGGGUCGAGGUGCACAAUGAGGUCGGCAUGGGCGACAUCCUUGCACGCAUGGGCGUAGCGCGCCCGAGCGAGCACCACCACUUGGACGAGAAGCUCGCGGAUGAGAAGCCUGUCGUGGCGGAGUCGGAGAGGCAUGAGUCGCAGUAAGUAAGUUGAAAGUAGUUUGGUGAUGGGGUUCUGUUGGUGUGAUAUUUGUAAGGAGGGAGAGUGUCACGGGUUGUUGAGGUGUGCUGCAUUCUGCGGUCCUUCGUUCAGGCAUGCACUGUUAAGC